AAAGUGGGGCAUGGAAAUGCGACAACGACGUUUUUAAUUCGUGGUCCAAGACUACUCCUAUGAGAUUUGUUCACGGUUGCGACAUGACAUUAAACACUUGGAUAUUUGUUGAAUGGAGUAUGACAUCCAAUGCCCGCUGUUCAUAGCAGUUUAGUAGCACAUUCAUUGCGCUACCGAUGACAUCAUGUGGUCUUAAUUCUGUCUCUGUACAGUAUGAGGUAACAGGGUUUCAUAUAGGAACAUAUGUGACGAUGAGCCAGCAAUUCACCUCCGCUUGAGGUCAAACGUCAGUAUCGCGUGUUUCUUAGGAGUUCGCUAAGACCUCCAAAGGUGUCCGGGAUAAAAGAACCGUAGUUUCAUGGAUUGACCCCGCACUACACAUCCAUGAACUCCUCAACUAUCACCACCCUGAACUCAAGUCUGUUCAUCACGAUACUCAAAGUCAUACUGAGUAACCUAAGUAACAAACAUAUCAAUAAUGCCACAGAAGCUCAAGCUAGCCACGGCUCAAUGCUAUACCAGGUCCGAUACCACGGAAACGCUUGCAGAUCUUGAGAAAACUACGCAGACGGCAGCACAGUCUGGAGUUGAUUUGAUACUAUUUCCCGAGGCAUAUCUAGGAGGCUAUCCACGGACCUGUAGCUUUGGAGCGUCAGUCGGUGCACGCGAUCCUAAUGGCCGUGAGCAGUUUCUGCAAUACUUUCACUCGGCCGUUGAUCUCGGCGACACGCCAUUGGGAGCUGGCGAAGACUGGGUCCUACGAAAGCUUCCGCUAGCAAAAGGCUCAAAGUUCAGAGGAGAUGGGACCAGAGAAGAGCUGGAAAAAAUCGCGAAGAGGACAGGAGUGUUCGUCGUCACCGGCCUGGUGGAAAAAGCGGCUGGGAGCCUUUACUGCGCCGUUGUUUACGUUUGUCCACGCGAAGGAGUAUUGGGGAAAAGAAGAAAGGUGAUGCCGACUGGUACUGAACGAUUAAUAUGGGCACAGGGUAGCCCCAGCACUCUGAAAGCUGUCACUACAGUCAUCCAUGGCGUAAAGCUUACCCUAGCAGCUGCAAUAUGCUGGGAGAACUACAUGCCCCUCCUCAGGCAAAGUCUUUAUUCGCAAAAUGUCAAUCUCUAUCUUGCACCAACUGCAGACGCUCGGGAUAGUUGGCUAUCGCUGAUGCGAACUGUUGGAUGUGAAUCUAGAGCCUUUGUUUUGAGCUCGAAUCAAUGUGUACGUCGCAGGCACUUGCCUUCCUGGGUUACAGGGGAGAGCAAUGAAAAGGAAGACGGCAAGCAUAUCGAGUCGACUUCUAUUCAAGGUUCACAGCCACGCAUUCGUCGUAAAUCUAUGAUCACAGCUGAGGGCAGCCAUGAGGUCUGCUGGCCGGUUCCAGAGGAGCCAACAGAGUCAGCCGAUGGAGAGAGUUGGUCUACUAUAGGUGCCAAAUCUGCUGCGGCCGCAAACGAUAGCGCAACAGGUUCCCGACAGCGCCGCAAGUCAUUUAUCUCUGAAACGCAAGAACGGCAUGAGAUUUGCUGGCCAGUCCCUGAUGGUACCAGCAUACCUUCCGCAACGUUCACAGGCGAGUCCUCUGAUGGUGAUGACUUCGUUUCAAGGGGCGGUUCCUGCAUCAUAUCUCCUCUUGGUGAAGUGCUCGCUGGACCACAAUGGGAAGUUGAGGAUGCCGGUCUGCUUAUCGUCGAGGCGGAUUUCGAAGAUUGUGAAAGGGGCCGCCUUGAUCUGGAUGUAGCGGGACACUACUCACGCAAUGAUGCCUUCAAGUUACACGUCGAGGGGUUGGACUUGAACCCACCACCGUAAGAAACAGCACGACAAUUUCCCUUGUUCUACUCUUUCAAACAGUGUUCACAGCAUCCCAUUCGCUAAAUUAUAGCGGGAGUUCCCGUGCACC